AUCGAGAGAGAGAGAGAGAGAGAGAAGCCAUGGCCGGGGAAGAAGAGAACGAGUUCAAGCUGAGGUACUAUGUUGGGCACAAAGGGAAAUUCGGACACGAGUUCCUGGAGUUUGAGUUUAGAUCCGACGGUAAGCUCCGUUACGCCAAUAACUCUAACUACAAGAACGAUACUAUGAUCCGGAAGGAGGUAUUUCUCACCCCCGCCGUUUUAAAGGAAUGCAAGCGUAUCGUCUCCGAGAGCGAGAUAAUGAAAGAAGAUGAUAAAAACUGGCCGGAACCUGACCGUGUUGGAAAGCAAGAGCUUGAGAUCGUCAUGGGAAAUGAGCAUAUCUCCUUCGCUACAUCUAAGAUUGGAUCUCUUGUUGAUGUCCAGAGCAGUAAUGAUCCUGAAGGACUUCGCAUCUUCUACUAUCUUGUUCAGGACUUGAAGUGUCUUGUUUUUUCGCUCAUCUCGCUGCACUUCAAAAUCAAGCCUAUAUAGAGAAGAAAUCAGCGUGUGACAUGUCAAGGACGAGUUGAAUCUAUUGGGAUUCUGUGACUGAAAUUUGGUUGUUUUUAUGUCUCUUGUUUAUUGAUGAGUUAUUGCGAGUUUCUUGUGUUGUUAGUUUUGAAAACCAUGAAUUCUAGUAGUAUGCUUUUUCGCAUCGAAUAUUAUAUGAGCUCUGGUUCUUGGAGUUGACAA